GGCGGCGAGCGGCAUGUCGGCGCUGCGCUGGGGCCACGGCGCGUCCGGUCUCCGGAGGGCCCUGUGGCCGGCGGGCCGGCCCGGCCCCCUGGCGGAGGAAGGGGCUCUCAGUGGCGCCUGGGGCCGCAGAAGGAGCUCCUCUGCCAACCCCUGUGAGCAAGACCGCCGGAAGGACUGGGGCCACGCGGAGCUGCUGGAGGUGCUUGAGGCGCGGGUGCGGCAGCUGCAGGCCGAGUGUGUGUCAGAGGUAACGGUGAAGAGGGUCGGCAUGGCUCGACGACUCCCAGCAUCUGGCGGCUUCCAGCCACCCGGGAAGGCCCAGACGGGGCCCGAGGACAUUGCUGCGGAGCUCAGUGGCCGCUGGGCCCAGAAACUGGACAAGGAGAAGUUUGCGAUGCAGAAGCGCAAGCAGCGGCUGGAGGUGAAGCUGCAGGUGCGAGCCCAGCAGCUGGCUUGUGAGCACAGGCUGCGGGUGGUACCCCGCCUGCUGGACGCCCAGCUGGCCAGCUGCCUGCCGCACUGGGAGCACGGGGCCCCCCAGAGCGACUGGGAAGAGCGGCUGACGCGGCUGCUGCAGGAGGCCCCGCGGAAGCUGAGCCAUGAGGCCGAGCAGGCCCCCAAAGCUGAGAGCGCCUCUGUGCGGCGGGAGAUCCAGCAGCAGAGGCUCCUGGCCUUCUUUGAGUGCUGCCUGCUCACGGGCCACCUGCCUCUCGCCCACCACGUGCUGGUCACCUUCCACAGCCGGUCCCGGCAGCAGCGGCGGCUCACGCUAGCCAUGUACAACACCGUCAUGCUCGGCUGGGCUCGCAAGGGCUCCUUCAGAGAGCUGGUUUACGUGUUCUUCAUGGUGAAGGAUGCUGGCCUCACCCCAGACCUGUUCUCCUACGCGGCCGCCCUGCAGUGCAUGGGACGGCUGGGCCAGAAUGCCGACGCCAUCCAGAGGUGUCUGGACCAGAUGGCCCGGGACGGGCUGAAGCUGCAGGGGCUGUUUACCAGCAUGCCACUGUGCCAGGAGGAGCAGGCCAUGGUCCUGAGGGCUGUGCGCAAGGCCCAGCCCACCUUCAGCCUGCCGCCGCCACCGCGGCCCCCACCCCAGGUCAACACCUCACCACUGCUCAGGGAGAUCUACGCCAAGCAGAGCGGCCCCGUGUCGUACCCGAAGCUGCACCUGCCCCUGCAGAAGCUACAGAGCCUCUUCCAGCAGCAGUUGGGCGUGGAGAUGGCCACCACCGUGGCCGUGGAAUCCGUGGAGAAGGCCCGGGUGCUGACCAAGGAGGUCCUGCAGGCGCGGAACACCCUGAAGCAGCUGCGUGCCGAGUGGGUGCAGGCGCUGAGCUUGGGGCUGCAGGAGCUGAAGGCCAGCGAGGCCCGCGCCGCCCGUGCCGGCCGCUCCACCAUCUUCCCGUACCUGUGUGUGCUCACCGAGGAGGAGCUCGCCGAGCUGCUGCUGCAGACCUUGCAGGUGCUGCCCCCGCAGGGAGAGUCGCUGCUCUCCCUGGCACAGCAGCUGGGCCUGCGCGUCUUCAACCGGCACACGGUGCACAGGAAGCAGCUGAGCAGCCAGGUGCAGGCACUCCAGCAGCGUUACCACCGCUACCUGCACCUGCUGGCCUCCGACACCCAGGUGGAGAAGCCCCACCUGCCACGGCAGUACUGGGAGGCGCUGGGGGCGCCUGAGGCCCCCCACGAGCAGCCCUGGCCCUUGCCCGUGCUGGUGCAGCUGGGCAAGAAGCUUGCCGAGCUGCUGGUGGAGGCCGUGCGGAUGCCCGGCAGUGUGGCCGCCCCGCAGGGCCCCUGCACGCUCAUCCCCGUGCUCUACCACGUGUACUCCUUCCGCAGCUUCCGCCAGAUCGGGAUCCUGAAGCCACACCCUGCCUUCACGGAGCUUCUGGCGACGGCCGCAGAGCGCACGCUGACCUUUGAAGCGGCCGAGGUGCCCAUGUUGUGCCCGCCGCUCCCCUGGACGUCGCCGCACACGGGUGCCUUCCUGCUGAGCCCCACCAAGCUCAUGCGCUCGCUGGAGGGCACCAUGCAGCACCAGCGCCUGCUGGACAGCUGCCCCCCUGCCGAGCUGCACGGUGCCCUGGACGCCCUCACACAGCUGGGCAACUGCGCCUGGCGGGUCAACGGGCGCGUGCUGGACCUGGUCCUGGAGCUCUUCACCGCCAAGGGCUGCCCGCGCCUGGGUGUGCCGGCCCCGCCCUCCGAGGCACCCCGGCCGCCCGAGGGCCGCCUGCCGCCCGGCGCCUCACCCACCCACAAGGCCAAGGUGCGGCGGGAGCUGGCCCGCUGCCUGAAGGUGGCGCGGGAGAUGCACAGCCUGCGCUCGGACGCCCUGUACCGCCUCUCGCUGGCCCAGCACCUCCGGCACCGUGUCUUCUGGCUGCCUCACAACAUGGAUUUCCGCGGCCGCACCUACCCCUGCCCGCCCCACUUCAACCACCUGGGCAGCGACCUGGCGCGGGCCCUGCUGGAGUUUGCCCAGGGCCGUCCGCUUGGCCGCCACGGCCUUGACUGGCUCAAGAUCCACCUGGUCAACCUCACUGGGCUCAAGAAGCACGAGCCGCUGCAGGCACGCCUGGUCUUCGCCAACGAGAUGAUGGAGGACAUCCUGGAUUCUGCCGACCGGCCCAUGACGGGCCGGAAGUGGUGGAUGGAGGUGGAUGAGCCCUGGCAGGCCCUGGCUUGCUGCAUGGAGAUUGCUCGGGCCGUGCGCGCCCCCGACCCUGCCGCUUACGUCUCUCACUUUCCAGUUCACCAGGACGGCUCCUGUAACGGCCUGCAGCACUAUGCCGCCCUGGGCCGGGACAGCGUGGGGGCCGCCUCCGUCAACCUGCUGCCCUCUGACCUGCCACAGGAUGUAUACAGUGGGGUGGCUGCGCAGGUGGAGGUGUUCCGCAGGCAGGACGCUGAACGGGGCGUGCGGGUAGCCCAGGUGCUCGAGGGCUUCAUCAGCCGCAAGGUGGUCAAGCAGACGGUGAUGACUGUGGUGUAUGGGGUCACCCGCUACGGGGGCCGCCUGCAGAUCGAGAAGCGCCUGCGGGAGCUCAGCAACUUCCCCCAGGAGUUCGUGUGGGAGGCCUCUCACUACCUGGUGCGCCAGGUGUUCAACAGCCUCCAGGAGAUGUUCUCGGGCACUCGGGCCAUCCAGCACUGGCUGACGGAGAGCGCCCGGCUCAUCGCCCACACGGGCUCGGCUGUGGAAUGGGUCACACCCCUGGGCAUCCCCAUCAUCCAGCCCUACCACCAGGACUCCAAGGUGUUGAUCAGCGGUGGCAUCCAGAGCCUCACCUUCAGCCAGAGUGGGGACACCAGCCAGAAGCCUAACACACUGAAGCAGAAGAAUGGCUUCCCCCCCAACUUCAUCCACUCGCUGGAUUCUUCGCAUAUGAUGCUCACAGCUCUGCACUGCUACAGGAAAGGCCUGACCUUUGUCUCUGUGCACGACUGCUUCUGGACCCACGCGGCUGACGUGGAGGUCAUGAACCAGGUGUGCCGGGAGCAGUUUGUCCGCCUGCAUAGCCAGCCCAUCCUGCGCAACCUGUCCAGGUUCCUGGUGAAGCGAUUCUGUUCCGGCACCAGGUCCCCCAAGCACUCCAAGAACGUGUGGAUUGGCAAGCUGCAGGACACGCUGAAGUCCGUGCCGAAGACAGGGGCCUUCGACCUGGAGCAGGUGAAGCACUCCACUUACUUCUUCAGCUGACACAGCGGUCCCCAGCCAGGUCCGCAGCCAGGCGCAGGGGGCAGUGUGUACCGGAGUGUAAAUAAAGCUUUGUUGCCACCCGUGG